UGCUCCUCAGAAAAAGUCAGACUUGGUGCACGAGCAAAUUGCACAAUCACAAACAAAUGAACAUUUCUGGAAGUCAGGGGGCUUGGUGGACAAGGUUGAGAAUGAAAGUGCCACUCCACAAAGUCAGCAGCUAGGAUUACUGGAUGUUAUGCCUGGAAUGGGAAGAGAGUGGUUUGAAUCCACUGUAUGUUCGCCAGUAUCAAGAGUCUUUGGACAGAAACAGAGAUGGAAAGCAGAGUUCAUCAAGCUCCACUACUUCCUCUGUACCCCCUGAUCCUGAUCUAGUGGUUGGAUCCAUGGUAGAGGUGCUAUUGCAAGGAAAACCACCUCUGUAUGGUGUUAUCAAGUGGAUUGGUACUUUUGAUGAUCAGACGAAUAAAGUUAUUGCUGGUCUUGAGAUGGAAGAAGAGAUUUCAGCAGGAACUGAUGGAACUUUCAAGGGGAAAAGGCUUUUCAGCUGUGCUCCUCACAAGGCUUUUUUUGUACCUUUGAAUAAGUGUCGUAAAGAUAAGCGCUUUCAAGGAGAUGCUAAAAGGCCUAGCCAAGAAGAAUUUGGUACCAUAGAAACUCCAGACAUUGAUGGAGAAAUCUGUCCACCUGACGUUAAAACACCUGAAGACUUGUUACCAGUAUGUGGAAAAUCGCGGGGAAUUCAGGGUCAUCACAAUUCUUGCUAUCUUGAUGCCACACUGUUCUCUAUGUUCUAUUUCACCACCGUCUUUGAUUUUAUUUUUAAUGAGCCUCCUAGGCCUGAUUCUGUGCCAGAGCAUCAGAGAGUCCAGAAGGUGCUCAAAGAGGGCAUUGUCAACCCUCUUCGUAGAUACAACUAUGUACGAGCAGAUAAAGUUUUAAAAUUAAGGGAACUUCUUGACAAGCUUGGUACAAUACCAGGCAUGAUGGGAGAAGAGAAAGACCCAGAAGAAUUUUUAAGUGCUCUCCUUUCUCAAGUUAUCAAGGCUGACCCACUGUUACAUUUGAGUUCAGGUGAACAUACCUAUUUCUAUCAGCUGUUUCUUGAAAAGGAUGAAAAACUGUUGCUGCCUACAACACAGAUCCUCGUAGAACUUUCAUUUUUGCAAGGAAAUGUCAAAUUGAAAGAGGUACCAUCAUGUCUUAUGCUACAGAUGCCUAGGUUUGGCAAAGAUUACAAAAUGUAUCGUCGCAUUAUACCUAGUCUAGAACUUGACAUCACUGAUAUCUUAGAAACAGGAAUUAGAGAAUGCAUUGUUUGUGGAAGUCUGGCAAGAUUUGAGUGUAAAGACUGCCAUCUUAUACAUGGACAGGGGCUUAGUACAACAGCAUUUUGUGCUACGUGUAUUAAAAUGUCCCAUCAACAUAAGAAACGUCAGGCUCAUCACCCCAAGGAACUGAUGGUUCCUCCGGAGUUUUUGGCUAAAUACUCACAGAUAUGUGAGGAGUCUGGGCCUAUCUGCAGACAGAAUGGAGAGCCUUUAGGAACAUCUCAUGACUAUGGACUACCAAAAGAGAAAAUGGAACUUUUUGCCGUGUUGUGCAUACAAACAAGUCACUAUGUUUCAUUUGUCAAGUGUGGUUUAGGCAAGGAAGCACCUUGGGUAUUUUUUGACUCAAUGGCAGAUCGCAUGGGUGAACAAGGUGGGUACAACAUCCCUGAAGUUCAGCAUGUACCAGAAUUAUCCAGGUGGCUAUCCGAAGACAACUUUCAGUCUAUUCUAGAUGUAGAAGACGACAAAAACCUUCCUGAACACAUGCGCCGUCUGCUGUGUGAUGCAUAUAUGUGCAUGUACCAAAGUCCUACGGUUAUGAUGUUCCGUUGACCAUGCUAAGCUUCUUCUCUCACAACAUCUUUUUAAAACAUUUUCUGAACUGCAGACAGAUGUUUGCUUUACGUUGCAAGUGCAGUUUGAGCUGAACAGAUGUGUUUGGAUCUGCAUUACAUUGCCACAUUAUGUGUGCUUCACUUUUUUUAGAAUGGGCUAGAGAUAUAGUUGAGGGAACUGGCAAAGGUAAGCUUAUUGUGAUUGUUUCAAAGUGGAGACAACAGCAACUGUUAAUUUCUGACACCCAAGAGGAAAGAAAGCAAAAAAUAAGUGCAGAAGACAAUGGUAUUUGCUGGUUUUAACGAGGCGCAUUAUAUACAGAAAAGGACAGUUUCUAAUGCCAGUAUUCUGAUGAUCAAAGAUUGUCCAUUUGCUAGCACGUGGAGAAGUGGGCUUACUGCAAAUGCUUGUGGUGUUUUAAACCCAAUUUGGAUGUCUAUAAAGUGCAGUCUGUAAGCAUGAUGUGCAUGCAUGUUAUCUCUUUGAUACAAGGAAAUAAGACAGAUGACUGCAGAUUAGAUCACGUAUACAAAACAGAUCUCACAGCACAAAAAAAAUUAAAUCACAAGCAGAUAAAAUGUGUGGAGUGUAUGCAUUUAUCAGCACACCCCAAAAAAACAAGUGCAGACCACUAGAUCCCAAAAUACAUGCAAAUGGACACCAUCACACCUAGAACCCAUGCAAGUGCACACUACUAGAUUUCCUGAACACAAGAACCUGAAAUCAACAUCCUAUGAUCAUAUACAAUUGGAAUCUCAAAUCCCCAAAACCGUGCAAACCACAACCAAUGCUGACUUCCUGAGGUGAAAUCAGUCCUCUGUGGAACAGGUGAAGUCCCUUAAGAUCACCCCACUCUAAUCCUAAGACUUUUCUCUUAGACUUUGACAGCCUGGGAUCAACUGUCAGCUAGUCACUCUAGCCCAUUAAUGGCUGUCAGUGGAAUGAUGAAGCAGCCACAAUUAUUGACCCAUUUAGCAAAAUUUUGGGAUAGAAAUUAUGAGAAUGGGACAACUUUACUUUGUAAAUGCACCUGGGAAUAUAAUUGCUAUUUAUUUAAAAUAUAAUUUUAUGAUAAACUUAAGACUAAUUUCAACUGAGACAAACUGAAUGCUAAUCUAGGUUUUCUAUAUCCUGCUGAAGAGCUGUCCAUUUUCCAUAUUUGCAUGGAUGUGCAAAGUGUAACCUUUCAAAAAGCUAAUCUUUCCCAGCUCUGCUAUGUAUAUGUGUGCCUGUGUGUGUGCAUGUGAUUGCUAGAUGUUUUAAAUUGUGCGGGAAAUAAAAUUAAAUCAACAUGAGAAAGUGAUAAACUGUUCUUUAUUGAUGUUUUAAUUAAAAUGUAAGGACAAGUGUAGACAUACAUUGUGUUUUCAAUUAAAAAAACUCAUAAAUGAAAAAGUGCAACAAAAUUAAAAUCUUUUUCAUUACAGUUAUCCUGACUCUACUGAGUUUCUCAAGGGAAACUAUGGAUUAAUGUUUCUUUGUUAUAACACAAUGUCACUUUAGAAGUGCUAACUUAACUAGCCCAGCCUGUCUUUAAAUGGUCACGAUGACCAGUCAAUCAAGAUUUUUGGAGCUCAUGACUGUCACAAACCUGCACUCCUCAACAUAUCAUUCUGAUAUUAAUGUCAUUACCAUAUUGUAAGGUUGGCAUUAGACUUUUUAUUUUGGAAAGAGUCCCAUUGUCUGGAGGCCUUUGAAAAUGUCAAAGUGAAUGGCUCUCAUGUCUAAGGCAAGCAAGGUGAAGACCAACCCUCUGCUACCUUUAUCUUUCCAAGUUAAAUCAGGUUACCUGUUAAGGAGCUGCUGAGAGGAUAAGGGGAGUUUUCUAGCUGCAGGCCUUGAGGGGGAAAAAAAAAUCAAAAGUUGCUUGCAUGUACCAUCUUUUGUUGCCAGAAUAACAAUGACAAAGAAUUAAAGAAGUGAAACUUGCA